CACACACACACACACACACACACGCACACAGAAUGCAGGACAGAACUCCUGUUUCUCUUGCUAAAUUGAAGGUGAUCUUGGCUCCCGGGCGCAGACGUGAUUGACCCCUGAAAGAGCCAAUCAGCUGACAGAGAGUGGAUCACAUUAACCAAUAGGAUCCGGUCUUACUGCUGGUGUGGGCGUUGAUCUAGGCGCACACAGCAGCAGUGUCAUAGCGGCAGAUCCACUCGGGACGCAGAGAACAGGCAGGGUGGGUUUGCUGUCUCUCGGGGCUUUUUUAUUCCGCCCUCGUUGCUGUGAAAAUAGGAGGAAGUACUCCUUGAGCUGGAUUUCAUAUCGUUUACACGACAGAGGAGAACGGACCAGGGCUUACUCUUUUUGUCCACUGUGGAUUCAGACAGCUAGGUUGUUUCUGCUGCCAUCUUGCCAUUUAAACACCUUUGAGGAGUUCUUCCUGCCUUAGACCCUUUUGAUCACCAGUUCUUCCCCAUGUAGAAAUGGGGAAUGGGUCAUCUGAACAACAAGGCCUCCACUCAAGAAUGUCGUUCUUCCAGUCCUUUCACAUUGCCAUUCUUGGACUAGAUGCUGCCGGGAAGACAACAGUGUUGUACAGACUCCAGUUCAAUGAAUUUGUGAACACUGUGCCCACAAAAGGGUUCAACUCGGAGAAGGUCAAAGUGUCUCUGGGUAGCAACAGGACUGUCACGUUCCACUUUUGGGAUGUCGGUGGCCAGGAGAAGCUUCGCCCACUGUGGAAAUCAUACACGCGAUGCACUGAUGGGAUCAUAUUUGUGGUGGACUCGGUAGAUGCGGAGCGCAUGGAGGAGGCCAAGACAGAACUCCAUAAAAUCACCAAAAGCUCUGAGAACCAGGGGGUACCUGUGCUGGUGGUGGCCAACAAACAGGACCUGAGGCAUUCUCUGGGACUAGACGAAAUAGAGAAACUGUUGGCAUUAAAAGAGCUGGGCCCUGUUACUCCCUGGCAUCUACAAGCGUCCUGUGCCAUCAUAGGAGAUGGACUCAGUGAAGGCAUGGACAAGCUCCAUGACAUGAUCCUGAAAAGAAGAAGGGCUCUUCGACAAACAAGAAGAAAGCGAUAAAUAAAAGCGUUGUCGUUGCUCUAUGUGAAGGAAAAGUUUCUCCUGGGAGGAUUUAAGAUUCUCCGGCAGGUUUCUGUUUGCUAUGCUGAGUUUUAUCAGUCCCAGUCUGAGCUUUAAGAUUCCCGAUCACGGUCUCACAGGAAUGUUUUUGAUCAGGAAGUGAAUGCAGAGGAACGCAGCAAGAAGAGGUGAAGGUUUCAGACAUGUGUAGUUGGGAUUACCAGAAGGAUUACACACCACUGAGGGUUUGGGGUCUGGAAGGGUGAUAAAAGUUGUUUAAAGGAUGAUUUUGAAGAGUUCUAAACUUUAUUAGCAAAAAUACCAAAAGGCUUUCCGUAACUGAAGGAUCAGAUGGAGACAUUUUCAGUUGAAUAACAUUGCACCUGAGAGGAAGUAGUUUUUGUUCAGAGCUUAAAAUGUGUACGUUUUUCACACUGGACUGUUUGUUUUGUGAAAGAUAAGUAUUAUACAGUCUUGCAGUAUCAUCAGUUUGCCUGCUGUCUUGUAUCUUGAUUUUUUUUCUUCUUUAAAUACGCACUUUAGAUCAUUUUUAUGGUUUUUACAGAUUCAAACAUUGUGUUGGAUUUAUAGAUAUAAUACAGCAACUGCUUAUGUAUAGUAGUUUUUCACACUGGCCCCUGACAUAUGGCAUUAGACAAGAUUUGCAUAAUGUUUUGCUAAAUAAAGUAUGUUUAGAACAAUCUUGA